AUGUUCAUCUCAACCGCAGCUGUGCUAACUUUCGUGCUGACCAAUGAGUACAACGCCAACCCGGCUUUGCAGAAAAGGCUGCAGGAUAUGGAACCGAUCAUCAGUGCCAGCUGCGUGCAAUGUGCAUUUCUCGCCACAAUUGGCUGGACGGACAACACGGUGAAUAGUGUCCCCAGGAUGUCCCGUGAGUGCAUUGAUCAAUGCUUUGCAUGCGGUGACUCCUGGGCCAACUGCCCUCCCGCCAAUCUCGACAGCACUGUCUUGCUUGAUCCCACCAACGCACCCAUGCCAAUCCAGAAUUAUAGUAUCCCCAAUGUUGGGUUCGGGAUGCCAGAGCUAUCAAGUGACAUAAUCUCCCCCUGGAAGGGCACAUGGCGUUCGUUUGGAGCUGAGCAGCACGGGUCUGGCAAGUUCGAAUUCGCUCAGACUUUUACGGAGGACACUCUGACAGUCACCACUGACAGCCCUUACCCCCAAACGUGCGCUUACGAACCUCGCUCCGACCGAGAAAUUGUCUUGAAGAACUGUGGUACGAAUCAACACUUGGAAGACUGCCUUAUCAAGCGACUGCCAGACAUUAGUGGCCUCGAGGUGGCCUUCUUCGCUUGUAACCACACCGGUGUCCCGGCACCUGUCGACUUUUACGCUGCAAUGGACACUCCCAACUGUGGCAACUUCCUCAUGUUUCGGUGCAAGUCAUCUUUGGCCCCGGGCUGUGUCUUCUCGCCCGACAUUAACCCUGCCGCCGCUCCACUGCAGCACUCACCAGUCAGCAAGGCGUCUAAACCCAGCCCUCUGAGCCUAUAUCAACCGGGCAUUGCCGGUGUACCUUCAGCAUUGCUAGGCAUAUGGCGCUCGCUCCAAGUAUCCAACCACUAUCAAGAGGGCCUGGCUCGAUGGAACUUCACUGCCGACGGCCAGGCAUCACUAGAAUGGCCAAAUUACACAAGUCGCGGAGUGCAGCGCUACGCAGUCACCCAUUCAGAUGAUGGUCACAAUACGAUAUUCCUCGCCAGCACCAGUGGCAGCAUCACCACCUGCCACUUCCAGUUCCAAUAUCAUCCGGUCUAUUCCUACGCCACCCUUCGUUGCGGUGCGCCGAAUCGACUGGCGCCAGAUGACUUGGAAGAAAGCUUUCUCCCGCCGCACACGCAAUGGGCCAUGGAUCUGCUCCAGAUACGCCACGAUUGGUGCACGCCUGAUGACUCUAGCUGCUGGCCCACCAAGACAGCAAUCCAAGAGCUGGAGCAAGAGUUAGACCCCAAUGAACCACGGCUCGGUCUCAAGUGGACUAGUUACCCGCAGCCGCAGCCGGCACCAGUGCCGACCGGCUCCUUCCACAACCAAUCCUUUUAUGGCCUGGGAAAUACGGCUACGGGGUUUAAGGCCCUGUAUUAUUAUGAGGAUGUGGAUGAGAUGAGGCGCUCAUGCUUCAAGUCAUCCAGCAACUCCACAGAAUGGAACAAUGUGUCGGACAUGUGCAAAGCGGCUCUCCACCAGAAUGAAUACCAAGAUUGGAAUCCAUUCAUUGUGGUGUUCCCUCUCAACGAGCGACACGUUGCCAGCGCCUUGAACUUCGCCGUCCGUCACCGGUUAUGCAUCUCGACUUCCGGUUCAGGCCACGAGUACAACAGUCGCAACUCCUGCCCGACCGGCGGAAUCCUCAUUCGGACCAUUUUGCUCAAAGACAAAUCUUUCAUCUCUAAGUGGGGGGAGGACCCAGUCCUUGCUCCGAGCGGUGCAUUUAAGUUUGGCGCAGGCGCAGUCUUCGCCGAGAUGCACGCCUUCUCUAAGCAGUACAACCGCGUAAUUGCGUCGGGCUGGUGCUCCACGGUUGGCAUGGUCGGCUUCCAUCUCGGGGGCGGCCAUGGCCCCUUUGGCCCCUCUAUGGGGCUCGGUGACGCGCACGGUCAACCGGUAGUCCACAAGAAGGUGGCCAGCCGACGGCACAACCCGCAGCUCUUCUGGGCCAUGCGCGGCGGUGGUGGAGGCGUGUGGGGUGUGAUUCUCUCCAUGACCAUCCGGGCACACGCUGUCCCCGAUGGUGGCCUCAGCCACGUCUUGAUGAUCCAAAACGGCACCUUCUGUCCCGAUUCGAGUCCGUUUGGGUAUGAGUGGCUGAGGGCCAUGUGGAGUCGAUUCUCUGCUUGGACGCUGAUGUUGAAUUCCAAGGUCAGCACGCAGGCAGCAUUCUUCAUCGAUACUUCAAAUUAUAAGACCGGCGGUCUUUGCGCAGUCACAUGGAAAUUCAAUUUCGAAUAUUUCUACGCAGGGGGUGAAACAGAGCCGAAUUAUCGUCUGUUUCGCGACCGACUCAAGUCAGUGCUGGAGGUGACGGCCGUAGAGGAGCGUAACUUCAAGUCGGCCUUUGACUACGUGCUCAGCAUGCCGGCCGACAAAUUUCUGCUCGCCGUCGGUAACCCUCUCCCCGCUCCACACCCGCCUUCUGACAAUGCUACCGGCUCUCAAAACUCGGUUUCUGUCUCACGACAAGCCAUGGAAACGAAGUUCGCCCCCACGAUGAUGGAGGUGCUGGAUAUUUGCGUGACAUCCUUGAAGAAUCCUGACACAACUUCGCCAGAUCCAACGGGUCAUCGCUGUGGCUUUCACUACCUCUACACUUCCUUGACUGGCAAUCUGGGGAGCCCACAGCCAGGCGAUACGGCCAUCUCACCUGGCUUUCGCUCAGCUGUGAUGCUUUGGAAUGCGCGUACGUUGACCACCCAGCAGUCAAUGGACACUUUGUAUCGCAUUGGCCCGAGCAGCUAUUUCUCUGAGAGCUCCUACGUCAUGCACAACUGGACAUCUCGCUAUUGGGGCCAGGCAUUGUACCAACAGCUACUGGCCAUCAAGAAAGCGCACGACCCGGGCAACCAUUUGUGGUGCCAUCACUGCGUCGGAGGCAAUCCAGAUGAUGCCUACGGAGAUCCACUCGGUGCUGUAGCUGGUUUGGUCUAG